AUGGCCAAAUCUGAUUUCGAGGAGACCCAGCAAGCACGGGGAAGUGCGGCAGAUCAGGAGGGUGCGAGGGUACCAGUGUCUCUUGAUCAACUUUCUCCGACGGAUGGGCCCGGCGACGAACAAAGAAAGCACAAGAGGAGGCAUGUGCAGAAAGCAUGUGAAGCAUGCAGAAAGUCCAAGGUGAAGUGCGAUGAUAGACGGCCAUGCAGCUUCUGUGUGCGCAAUGGAGAUGCAGUGACCUGCCGGUCCUCCAGUUCAGACCCCAACGCUCCGAAUGAGGACGAGAACUGGUACCUGAACGACCAAGAGAGCGCGUUCUUGCUGUCAAAGCCGAAGAGGAAACAGGUUUCGCGUGCAUGUCUGCAGUGCCGUCGAUCCAAAGUGAAAUGUGAUGAGUCGCGACCAUGUGGGAGAUGCAAGCGGUUGGGAAAGGGAGACUCGUGUUUGCAGUCGGCAGACUCGAGGGGCGAUGAACUAUCUCUUGCCGUUCGGAAUGUGCGAGAGGAGGACAGUGGGGAGAUUGAAAGGCCGAUAGGGUUCAGAGGAAAUCUCUCCUUCGCUUACGACGAAAAGUUUUUGAAGCAGGAGUGCUUGCUUAGCGAAGUGAUGAAAGACCGUGGUUGGGCGCAUGGUGUUUUGAGGAGGUGUUGGGAGUUUGGAACCUGUCAAAAGUCUUUGUUAGACAUUUUUGCAAAUCUUCCGCCUGAUUUGGAAGCGGUCAUGAGACGAGGAUUGUCAGCUCUAGAUGUACUCGUGAAAGAAAGAAUGGCUGCUAUGGCCAGGAAAGUGCCCAAAGAGAUCACUCAACUCAGCGACGCAUCCAAGAUAAAUUCUGACAGAGAGAUCGUAGAAGAUUUGGAAAACAAGAUUUGGGAAAGCUCCGAGCAUGCCGGAGUGUUGAGAUUGAGGUGGAAUCCGACAUCGGAUAAAAGGGACGAUGUCUUCGUCUCUAACACUUUGGCAAAACUGAAUGGCAUGCACAAAGAGGAAAUGCUUGCUCGUCUUGCGAAUCGCGAGGUUCCAUUGCACAUGUCACAGUUCGACUGGCUGUGCUACUGCAUGGAUGAUAUACUUCGAUCAAAGCAACAUACAUGCACGAGGUAUGCAAGGUUUAGAUGUAUCGGUCCGACCUCGGGAUAUGCCUUGGUGCGACAUGUCACCGAGAAGCAGUUUGAUUGGUUAGGAAGGUCAGAAGCCAUUCGACACUUUAUGAUAGUGUGUACGCCAGAAGAAUACAAUGCAAGACAAAAGAUAGAUCCAGCAACGUGCCGACCAUUUGCUUAUGAUAUGGGCGAUUACCGAGACGGUGACACGCUGUUGAAGGACGCUCCCGAGGAUGACAUGCAAACUAUCGCUUCCAUGGUCAAGACAGAUGCAGGACGACAAAAGUUGAGCCUGUUCGCCAAGGCGUUGGAAAAGAGGUUUGCGCCGCUGGUCGAGGCGGCGGAAGCUGUGCGAAUGUCACGUGCCAAAGAGCAGCUCGCAACCUUCAGCUCAGGGGAGCCAGAACAACUGACAGGCGCUGCCAACAGGAUCAUGAUGCCCCGGUCAGGCACCGAGGCCUUGAACACUGAAUCUAUCUCCCUCGCCUCCUCCUUGCAGCAGAUUCGCGAGUCUUUCCUGAAUUCAGGAGAUAGAGGACAGGCGGAUGCCGGUCCUUCUGCCUUCAGCACCGUGCAGGGUCGGAUGCAGCCAGCUGUAGACAUUCAGCCGCUUCCCUCUCGUUUGGUGGCGUUGCCGCCGCAGCCUCCGGUGCUUCAACCUUUUCUCGGGGCAUUCCAUGGGCUGUAUGCGAAUCAAGCUCGACUUUCAACGCUGAUGCCCAACAAUCGCUUCACCCACAUCGAGGGAGAGGGAGAGAACCAGCAUGGCGAUAUAGCUGCUGCUGCGGUAGCUACUGUGGCGGCGGCGGCUGCUGCGGCAGCGGCUGGUGGAGCCUCAUCGUUUGGUGCGACAGGAGUAAGAUCAGCCGGAGCUCCUACGUUUGGGAUGCUGCCUACAGAUUUUAUCAACCCCUUCGACAUAUCCCGUCGUCCCUCGUUUCCCAAGUGA